AAGAAAGACGAAGGAAAAAAAAAACCAAAUAAAGGGAAGAACAAAAAAAAGUGUCCCUGAUUUCAAAUUUUUUUUCCUCAUUUCUUUCAAAUUCCUUUUAGGUUUUCGUCGAGGAGGUGAUCUUUAUCGUCACCUCUUCAGAUUUUGUUUCUUCAUAAAUUUUUGUUUUCAUUUUGUAAAUCCCUAAAUUUCGUCGACAAUGGCUUCUGACAAUCUCACCGACAAAACCAUUGUUUUCAGAAAACUGAAAUCAAAAUCUGAGAACAAGGUAUGCUUCGAUUGCAGUGCGAAGAAUCCGACAUGGGCAUCGGUUACAUACGGAAUUUUCCUCUGCAUCGAUUGUUCAGCUACUCACCGGAGCCUCGGUGUUCAUAUCAGCUUCGUCAGAUCUACGAAUUUAGACUCAUGGAGCCCUGAGCAGCUCAGGACAAUGAUGUUUGGUGGCAACAACCGUGCUCAGGUGUUCUUCAAGCAACAUGGAUGGACCGACGGUGGGAAAAUCGAGGCCAAGUACACUUCAAGAGCUGCUGAUUUGUAUAGGCAGAUUCUUGUUAAGGAAGUUGCUAAAGCCAUUGCAGAAGAUACUACUACUGGUCUACCUUCAUCUCCCGUUGCUGCUUCUCAGCUACCUGAAGCAUCUAAUGGAGUUGUUUCGUCUUCUGCUGUCAAGGAAGAGUUACCUCCUAAAGAAAGUUCUUCUCUGAAACAUGAAGCUACUAGUGCCACUUCUUCGCCUAAAGCUUCUAAUACAGUUGUGCCUAGUACGUUUAAGAAACCUAUCGGUGCUAAAAGGACAGGAAAAACUGGUGGUCUUUGUGCACGGAAGCUUACUACUAAGCCAACGGUGAAUCUCUAUGAGCAGAAACCUGAAGAAGUUGCACCGGUUAUUCCUGCUGCAUCUUCAGUUAACAAUGGCGGAAGCAAAUCAUCAGCUGGUUCAUCAUAUGCCUCUCGGUUUGAGUACAAUGACGAUUUGCAAUCUGAAGGACAAAGCGUUGGUGGUACACGAGUUCUUAGCCAUGUUGCUCCACCAAAGUCAUCAAGCUUCUUUGCGGAUUUCGGAAUGGACAGUUCUUUCCCCAAGAAAUCAAGCUCCAACUCGUCAAAAGCUCAAAUUGAAGAAUCCGAUGAAGCAAGAAAGAAGUUCACAAACGCAAAGUCCAUUUCGUCUGCUCAGUACUUUGGGGAUCAGAACAAAAACGCUGAUCUUGAAUCAAAAGCUACUCUUCAGAAGUUUUCAGGCUCAGCAUCUAUCUCAAGCGCUGAUUUUUUCGGUCAUGACCAAGAUGAUUCCAAUGUUGAUAUAACUGCUAGUGAUCUCAUUAACAGGCUUUCUUUCCAGGUACAACAAGAUAUCUCGUCGAUAGUGAACAUAGCAGGCGAAACAAAGAAGAAGCUUGGAACUUUAGCUUCUGGUAUCUUCAGUGAUCUUCAAGACAGAAUGCUGUAAGAAGAAACACGAGCUCUCUCAUGUUUUUUUUUUUUUUUUUUAAAUAUAUUUUACAGAGAAAAAGAAAAAGAAAAAUCUUUGCCCGAAACUUCCAAUGAAGUUCUCGUUUCUCUGGUUUUCUAGAGAGCUUUUUGAGAAAUUGAGACAUGGCUCUUGUUGUUAUAUGGAUAUUAUUGCAUAUGUCAUAGACUUUUAUUAAUCUUUUUUUUGUUUGAAGAAAAAAAAGUAGAUUAAAUC